UGACAGCAACUGUAAAUACCUAUUGAUGUCCGUGUCAGUUUCACGAUGUAAUCAUGGAUGAAUAUUAAUUUUAAAGUGAUGUAAUACGUUCAGAUAAAACCUAUAUAAAAUGGGGAGGCACGGGAAGUGUUUCAAUGCCGCCUUUUAUACAACCCUGCUGAUAAUUUUGAUCCUUCAGUUGUUGAGUACACUGGAGAGGCAGGUGUUUGAUUUUCUGGGAUUUAUGUGGGCUCCCAUCAUUGCAAACUUCUUCCAACUAGUGUGUGUCAUUAUUGGAGGAUUCGGUGCCUACCAGUACAGAACAAAAUUCAUUGCAGUGUACAGUACCUGGUCGUUAAUUUGGCUGGGAUGGAACGUGUUUGUCAUCUGUCUCUACCUGGAAGUCGGGGUUUUAAAUAGAAAACGAGACUUGUAUAUUCUUAGUAUUGGAACUAAGAACAAGAGUUGGUGGUUAGAGAAUGGUAUCGGUUGUAAAAUCACCAACACAUCCUGGAAGUUACCCAACACGGUCCAGGACUCUAGUCGUGACAUUCCACCGGAGGACGUCAUCAAAGGCUGUCUCCUAGAGUACUACUACGUAGAGGUCAUACACGCAGGAGUUCAAUGUUUAUUAGCGCUGAUCGGUUUUGUCUUUUCCUGCAUCAACCUGUACAUGUAUGGAGAUGAGGAAGAGAGUUCAAGUCCUGCAAAUGACGAAUUAGAGUUUGUAAAAAUGUACAAGACGCCAUCACGUACCACUGGUGCUGACAUACAAAAUGCAGGCCACAGUCAGAGUAGUUACCAUGAUAACCAGACUUUUGAUGGAGUGACCAAUGAAUAUCCUACCCUAGAGAGACCACCAAGUUACGAAACGAGCAUGCGUGAUGGUACUGUUAUUAAUAACUAUUACGCAUCCGAUCGACAAAGUGUUCGCAGUUUGCGCAGUGUGAGAAGUAAAGCUAGUACAAAGUCCAAGUCAAACCGAGCACGAGAGGAUGUUAGACCAAAGGAUCUACCAUGGGUCCAAAUUACGCCAUCGUCCAGUAAUAUGGAUGCUCCAUUCAGACAUUAUCCCUAGAAUCAAGCAGCUAAUUAUAACCAUUGAGGUAUGGAAAGGAUAGAUUGAAAUCAUAUAUCGGGACUCAAUUGGAAAAGAAAUCAUCUCUUAUGCUGGGUUAGAUAAGAGGAUUCAACCAUAAGGAUAUUCAUUUAUCUCUGAUUAUUUGGCAGUGUUUGUGGAUGUCGGUGGUUUUGGGAGUUUUGUUCUAGAUCUCAUGUCACAGUUGAACAUAUGUACAGAGAUGUUUUCCCUGGGAUGUGGAGAACUUGUGCUUUUUUAUGAUACAAAAACUCUUCUUAAAAACUGCAUGGUAGAGUUUUGUAAUACAGUAUAUACGUUACAUGGAUGUUCAAAUUCUUACGUGCAUUAUUCGAUUAACAGUGGUUGGUGCAGACAGAUGUUGAAGAUUCUCUUGAGGAUUAUUAGAUUGAUAUUGACUUUGAGGCAAGCUGUAUUUGUAAUUUUGAUUGGCAGAAAUGUUGUAUUUGUCAAUUUUUUAUUGACCAAAAUGUCACAUUUUGUCAUUUUUUGAACGGCUAAAAUGUUUCAUUUUGUCAAUAUCAUAUUUGACAAAUCGUUUCAUUGGGGAGAAUGAAAAGUGUGACUGUUGCUCAUUGGACAAGCUUGUCCGUCCAAUCAAAAUAAACAGUGAUGUCACGUGACAUAGACAACACAGCACAAUCAUGUGACCACUAUACUGUGCUGUGAUUGGUAGUAAUUACCUGAUCAUUGUUUUUGUGUAAGUUUUUAUUUAGUAAAAAGUGAAUGUAGUUAUUAAUGUUUUGUGUUUAUUAGUAGAAAAUUAUCAUUUGUGUAUGCAUGGGAGCAUGAAAACAUAUUUUGAUAUGUUUGAUGAAAUUAAUCAUCAGCUUGUCAAUAAUACAAAUCUUCACAUUGUCCGCAGAUUUUUAAAACGCGACCAAAACAAAACAAAGUAUGGUGAGAGUACUCAUGAUUACCUACAAAGAUAUACUGUGUAUUCUUCCAUAAAAUUAUUUUAAGUUUUUUUGUAUACUUGUUAAUGUACGAUAUUCUACAAGGAAAUACAUGUUAAGUUACUAACCACAUGUUUGUUACAUUACACCUGUGUUGUCAAUGCCUGUUGACCACUCUGUCUAAUGGAGACAGCUCUGCAAGGUAGAAAACCAAUUGAACCAAAAAGGGUUCAAACUUGGUCCAGCAGUUUAAACCAUUGAAGACUACAAAGCUGAGAGUGGUAUGAUAUUUCAUUCAUUAAAUCUAGGUAAGGGAUUUUUCAGAAAAAGUAAAAAGUAGAUUUCAGUUUAAGUUCUUCACUGUAGUGUUUAUCAAUCUAAAUUAGUCUUCACAAGGUAUUGUUUUGAAGUAUCACAAGGACAAUUAAUUAUGAAAAGAUUAAAACUUGAUCAAGAAGAAGAGUAUACAAGAUAGAAAGUGGGCUGAUAAAACAACUAAAAUUUGAGAUUUUACAAUGACGUUCUCUGGUAUUUUAAAAUGUACGUGGCAAUAUUUAAAGUACCACAUCAACAAAUUGUUUGUUAAAAUGUACAGCAUUCUUUUCAAAUUUUCAUCUGGAGUUUUGUGCAUUUCUAAUUUCUGAAUGUGUGUGUGCUUAUGUUGAAUUCAUGUUUGGUUUCAUGAUAUGAAGAUUGUUAUCUCUCCUAUAAGCUGACAAUUAUUUUCAUUUUUCAAGCAAUAGAAAAAUACUGUUUCGUCAAAAGAAAAGAAACGUCACUUAGGUCACAUGAGAGCUUGAGGUUUCUGGUAUAUAUCAGAUAGAGUGUUAGGCUUUUUUAUUUAACAGAAAUAUAUUGAUUGCAGACCAAUAUUUGUGUUUAAAAAUGUAACAAAUGUACAGGAAAGUUUGUUUUGGUGAUCUUUGAUCAAGCAUUAAUUUAAAUUUUUUUAUGCUUUAAACAAAGUGUUAAGAUAAGUUAGUAAAAAGUUUAAAUUAAAGUUUUAAAUCUGUGAAUUAAUGAACUUUUAAGAAAUUUAAUUCUAUAACCAAAGAUAUUUUUGAAAAUAGAUAAUUAUUUUGUUUCUUUAAUAGUUAUAAUAGCUUUAAGGAAAAGUUUCCAGUGAUGCAAAGUCAUGUGGUAUUAUCUAGUAUAGUGCUUAGUUAGAAUUUGAAUUUUUUUUCCUGCUGGACUGUACAAUCGUGGCAUAUGAUAUGGUAGAAAAUAAUUUUAGCCAGUAUAAUGUGUUUCUCUUCUCGAAAUUAAUAACAGUGGGAACAUCCAACAUGUUUCUGUGUGAAAGACUUUUUUAGUGCUCCAUAUUGGGUUUUGAAUAAAGCUUGUGUUGAAACUUACCACUUGUGAUGGUAGUAACAGCUGUCAUGCUUAUGUCUCUAUCUCCAUGAUGUUAAGAGUUCUUUCCCUUGUUUCAUGUAAACUUAUUUAACUUUCAAAACUUUACUGCCAUUUAACAUUGUAUGCAUGUAUGUACGUCUUUUAUGAGGUGUCUCUUUACAUUACAGCAAAUCCUAAGCUUUUUAUUGAAAAAUAUUGCUUUUUUAACAUAUUCUAAUUUUUCAGUUUCAACUUGACAUUCAAAUAACAUGCGUUUGAGAGUUAAUCAUUAUGAAUUAAGAUUGAUGAAAGUUAUCAUAUGUAUAAAAAUUGAAGAUAUUCUCUUGACAAAGAAUGUACAUAAAGGUAGAUUAACUCAGAUUUACUUUGAAAUAUCCAUAAAAUUGUAUUGAAUAUUGAAGUUACUGUAUAACAUAACUGGAGAUCUGGACAUGUAUAUCUUAAGUCUAUGGUAUUGUAUGUAUAGGAGUCUUCUAAAAACGGCUCUGUCAUCAAGUUAUUUAUGUUACAAGAUAGUUGUUUAUUAUGUAUAUACAAGAUAUCAUUCUGUUAUCACUGCAUAAAAUAAAACAUUAAUUCAGUACAAAAUCUGUACAUAAUUUAUUUGAAGAGUCAUAUUAAUUUGUGCUCGAAAGGAGUUACAAGUCUGAAAAAUAUAGAAAAGUUUGUUAAAUGAAGUAUCAUUUGAGUAUGAUAUAAUUUAACUGAAUACAGAAGUUUUUAGAGCCCCUUUGGUGUAUCUCUGUCAUUUUAAUGGCUAGGUCAUUAAGUUUAGAAUCGGUCUUUACCAUCAGAUUUUGGUUUCAAAUUAGAUUGGAAUUUCAUUAUUUUUAAGUUGUUCUAAUUUCCAUGAUUUUAUUGAAACCACAAAAUCCACUACAGAAAUGAAAACGUUGGGAUUCUGAUUGACAGAAAUGAAAACGUUGGGAUUCUGAUUGACAGAAAUGAAAACGUUGGGAUUCUGAUUGACAGAAAUGAAAACGUUGGGAUUCUGAUUGACAGAAAUGAAAACGUUGGGAUUCUGAUUGACAGAAAUGAAAACGUUGGGAUUCUGAUAGAUUUAUAUGUUGUAGUACUUUUGAUACAGGUACAGAAAUGGUGUAAAGUUCAUGUACACAUCUGUUUGUAUAUCUUCUUUAAAAUACACAUUCCUAUUACAGUGAAAUAACAUGAUGAUGUCCACUGUAUUUCAUUUUAGUUUUUUCUUUUUAAUUACGAUAACCAAAUAUAGAUAAAACUUUUAUUUGAAAUUUUCAUGAGCAAACUAACACAAUGAUUUUAAUGUGUUGAUAACUUGUUUACAUUGAAGAUAAACACGAUGUUUUACACUGGGAAUUAUCAGGGUUUAAUACUGGAAAGAAUGAUAUUACAAGGGAUGGUGGUUAGGUAUGAACAAUGGAAAUAAAAACAUUGUGUUAAACUUAGGAAAUGAUAUCAUUGGAGUUUGAUAUUUAGAAUGAGAUAAUGGUGAUAAUAUUAGGGUCGUAAUGUUAUAUAAUUAUAUCAGGAUUAAGCUGUUUGACAUUGUACUUGCCUGUAAAAAUUAUAUAAAAAUAUAAUAACCAUUACAGACUUUGCCAAAAAUUAAAAAUAUUGCAUAUGAUUUGUGUGGUUUGAUAGCAUGUGUGUUAACUGUGAUACGUAUUUGGUGACUGAAUGUGUUACAGAUACCAGUGUGAUUUAACCUUAACCUUAACAUGAUCAGCUGUAUGACACUAUAUGUAUGUGUGAAGUAUGACAUUGGUUUGAAACAUCAGUAUCAGGGAUGUACUGAUGUAGUUUUUAUUGUGUUCAGACCACAAUGUUAAUUUAUACUGUAGCGAUUCCAGCUAUAAAACCUAAUAUGGUGGUGAUAGGAUAUAUAUUGGAAGGUGUAUUUCUCAUUUUGUUUCAUGGUUGAAUGAAUGCAUAUGAAAAAGUUUUUUUUUUCAAGAAUCUGUGUUGUGAUGUCUGUUACAAAUUAAAGGCAUAUUCUUGAAGUUCUGGGUACAAAAGCUAAAUAUAGCCAUUUUUUUUCUUAUAUUUGGAAUACUAAAUGAUAGGUUAUGUGGACAUCAAAAUGUAUUCUUAAUUCCUGUUGAAUGGAGAUAUCAGAGGUUUCAUUCAAAAUGUUAUAUAUUUAUUGUCUUUUCAAAUUGGUACAGAUCAAUAUUUGAAAUUUAACUUGAACUGAAAUUUGAAUACAAUGCAUGUUUACUAACAAUUCUUUUCUCUGAUUUAUUUGGGAAUAUCUGACAAUGUUAACUAGUAGGCAUUGUUCCCGGAUCUGACCAUGUCAGGCAGUAGACAUUGUCCCCGGAUCUGACAAUGUCAGUCAGUAGACAUUGUCCCUAGAUCUGACAAUGUCAGCCAGUAGACAUUGUCCCUAGAUCUGACAAUGUCAGCCAGUAGACAUUGUCUCUAGUUCUGAUAAUGUCAGCCAGUAGGGAUUGUCCCUAGAUCUGACAAUGUCAGCCAGUAGACAUUGUCCCUAGAUCUGACAAUGUCAGCCAGUAGACAUUGUCCUUAGAUCUGACAAUGUCAGUCAGUAGACAUUGUCCCUAGAUCUGACCAUGUCAGCCAGUAGACAUUGUCCCUGGAUCUGACCAUGUCAGCCAGUAGACAUUGUCCCUAGAUCUGACAAUGUCAGCCAGUAGACAUUGUCUCUAGAUCUGACAAUGUCAGCCAGUAGACAUUGUCCCUAGAUCUGACAGAGACAGCCAGUAGACAUUGUCUCUAGAUCUGACAAUGUCAGCCAGUAGACAUUGUCCCUAGAUCUGACAAUGUCAGCCAGUAGACAUUGUCUCUAGAUCUGACAAUGUCAGCCAGUAGACAUUGUCCCUAGAUCUGACAGAGACAGCCAGUAGACAUUGUCUCUAGAUCUGAUAAUGUUAACCAGUAGGGAUUGUCCCUAGAUCUGAUAAUGUCAGUCAGUAGACAUUGUCCCUGGAUCUGACCAUGUCAGCCAGUAGACAUUGUCCCUGUGAAUCUUGAUGAUAAACAAUGUGGUCUAUCAGAGUGAUGAUAAUUGGUACGUGGACCGGGUCAUUCUGUGUUGUUAUGUUUAUCUCUUGGUAUGUAUUGUUUGGCUGUCUCCUCACCACACAGAAAUAUAUCUAAACUCAGUGGGUCAGACACCUAUGUAUAUAGGAAAAUGUUCACAAACUAGUGUAUAAUGUAGUUUAGUGAUAAAAAUAUGUUGAAGAAAAUAACUUUUAUUUUGAAAUGAACAAACAUGAAAUUAAAAAAAUGUAAGAAAA